AUGGUUUCCAGAUCGGCACUUCUGUUGGCUUACGCCGCGGCUAUUGUUUCCGCCACUCCCGUCCAGCGCCGAGUUGUCACGGAGCUGAACGAGGACGCUUUCAAGGAGGCCCAGCAGCGGGAUGCCACCGCUACCCGGGCCUUCUCCAACGUCCAGAUCAAGACGGCCGACGGGAAGUGUCUAUUCGUUGACAAGCUGUCGGGCGAUUUCCGCGCGAACCUGACGCCCAUCCAGGUUGCGCAGUGCGGGACCAAGGACGGCGAGGGCUGGGACGUCAUUACAGCUGGAAAGCACAAUGACCAGGCGGGCUCGGCGCUCAUUGUCAGCAGUUUGACGCAAGCUUGCGCUAACUUCGACCCUCGCCGCGCGGCAGGAAACCAGGUCCUGCUCUUCUCCUGCGGCGGACGAGCGGAUGGUGGAGGCCAGGUGACCAACUCGCAGCUCUUCACCUUCAGUGGCGGUGCUGGCCCGCUGGCAUUGCAGCCCGAGAACGACAAGGGCAAGUGCUUUACCGUCAAGGGUGCAGUCGUGGACAUUGCGGAUUGCAACGCCAGUGACCAAAACCAGGCCUUCACCUUUGGGGGAGCGGCCGGCAGUGCUGGGGGUGCUACUGGAGGCAACGGAAACACCAACAAUGACGGGCAGAAUGGCGCUCAGAAGCCGGAAUCCUCGAAUGCUGCUCCGGCUGCAACUGAGGCCCCUGCUGCGGGGGGAUGCGGCGGCGAGGAUGCCACCAUUACCAUGACCGCCACGGAAACCGUCAAGCCUGGCCAAGGAAACGCCGAGGCACCUGCCGCAACCGCGAAGCCCGAGACGACCGCCCCUGCUGCCGCUGCACCAGCCUCAUCCGCCGCCCCGGCAGCCGGAACCGGCGGUGACAACGGCGCCAAGAACGGCAACAUCCCCGCCUCGAACCCCACGACCCCCGUCCCCGUCUCCCGCGCCGGCGGCACUCUCAACCCGACCGCGGCGGCCGAGGCCAACGAAUUCGACAACACCGCGACUCGCUCGUUCACUAAAGCCUUCAUCCGCGCGUCCAACGGCCAGUGCCUCUUCAUCGACCCCACAGCCGGCGACUUCCGCCAGAACCUCAUCCCGGUCUCGCUCGUGGAGUGCAGCGGGGCGGCCAACGAACAGUUCGACAUUGUGACCAAGGGCAAGCACAACGACGGCAAGGACGGCGCGGCGCUGGUUGUGAGCAGCCUGACGAACGGGUGCGUCAGCACCGACGGGCGCCGGGCUGACGGCGAUACCGUCACCAUGUUCUCGUGCGGUGGACGCGCCGCUGGCGAGGGGCUCACGAACACCGGACAGCUGGUCAAGAUCACGGGCAAUACCUUCGUCUGGACUCCCGUCAACGACAAGGCCACCUGCGUCGUUCCCGGAAACAACGGGCGGUUGGUCACUGCGGCGUGCAAGGGAGACAGCAGCGAGACUUACACCAUCGUCGCCGGCAACGGCGUCUAA